UCCAUGGGCUACUCCACUUUCUCACCUUCCUCCACCUUGAGCAAAAGAACCAACUUUCUCCACUUUGGAACAUUAAAAUGAGUUCCAGACUUUUCGUUCUUUUUUCCCUGAUUGCGUACGUCCAUUCGGCCGCUGUCAAUUACACAUUGGACGUAAACUCCGACAUUGACACCAACAUUUUACGCGUUCUUUGUCAAAAUUACCAACAACUCGAAAAUUUCACAUGUUCUGGAGUCCUUCCAGGAAUUCCUGUCGGCCAAAGGAGAAACACGACCGGAUUUUGGUCCACCUGUGACCAAGCUGAUGAGCAAACAGUUCAUGCAACCCCUUGCACCCUUGCCUACUAUAGAAAUCUAGACAGCUUUGUCGUCAAAUCAAUUGUGUUGGAUGCUUACCAUAAUGGGAACAAUUCUCUCAUUCGUGUCAGAACGAGCAAUCACAAUGAUGUCUUGUUUAAUGGAAGUGACUCGUGGGGUCGCCACGUAAUUGAUGCCUCAGUCUACCCUGAUAUUGAGUCUUUGGAUAAUAUCCUAAUCUUUGCUGAGACAACGAGUGGAUUCGUCGUUUUCGACAAAGUUUUCAUGGAAUUGGACUAUCCUGUAGCUCCAACGACAGCCCCACCCACCAAUGGAACUACCCAAGCCCCACCUACAAAUGGAACUACCCAAGCCCCACCUACAAACGGAACUACCCAAGCCCCACCAACAAACGGAACUACCCAAGCCCCACCAACAAACGGAACUACCCAAGCCCCACCAACAAAUGGUACUACCCAAGCCCCACCCACCAACGGAACUACCCAAGCCCCACCGACAAACAUGACCACAAUCAGACCCCCAUGCAACAAUAGUACCCAGUUCGCUUGUCGUAACGGGAAUUGCAUACCGUUGAACUUCAUAUGCGAUGGCUACAAUGAUUGCGGAGAUAACAGUGACGAAGAUACGGAUACGUGUGGGGUUCCUCCUAUAUGUCGCCCUGAUCAAUUCGAAUGUGCCAAUGGGAUUUGCAUCCCUGCAAAUUAUGUGUGCGACGGGGACAAUGACUGUGGGGAUUUCAGUGACGAGAGAAAUUGUCCUUGUCAAAUUCCCGGACAAAUUAAAUGUGCCGAUGGAACAUGUAUCAACCCAGAUUACUGGUGUGAUGGAAUCAUUGAUUGUCCCGAUUAUUCCGAUGAAACUUUCAACUGCACAAUGACCGCAAUCCGAGAGACCGGAACUAUUGUGCACUUUGAGCGAGUGCAUAAACUCUCCCCUGGAAAGGUCAAACUGUUUUAGAAGCAAGAUGAUUAGAUGCCAGGUUGUCAUAAUGGUCCGUUAUUUUUGACACAUUAUUAUUAAAAACUUUGCCAAUAAAUUAUAUAUUGAUUGAUUUAA